AUGUCAGAUAUCAAAAAGAGAUCCCUCUCAAUAUAAAACAGAGUAAUCAUUACCCCUGAAUAGUAUUCAAAAUCUGAAUGCUCCCCUGAAAAGUUUAAGAGAUAAUCUCAGAGAUAAUAAUAAACAAUCAUCUUAUCUACUCCAAUAAAAAUGGUGGGAAAGAGCACUUCUAACUUAUUUGAUAGUUAUAUAGAUGGAAACUAGACGGUUAAAGAAGGAUGGUUAUACUAAAAUAAGAAGAUUUAUGUCCAACUCACAAGACAGUCAAUAAGGGAAUUUAAUGACGAACAACAAACUUUAUUGAUUAGAGUCAUAUCUCUAAAGGAAUUUGAAUUCAAUAUCUUACAGGAAAAAUAGAUUAUUAAAAUAUAGUUCCCUCAAUUAAAUCAGAUUCUCAUUUACUAAGCUAAAGAUGCUGUUGAGGCUAAGAUGUGGAUUGGAUGUUUAAAUAUUGUGUUAGAUAGACACAGAAAUCAUCCAAAAAAUAAAUUAUAAUUAUAAGAAGUAUCAAAAUACUUUGGAAUUGAUGUGAUUUCAGAAGAGUACUUUUUAAAAAUAGUAGAAUCUGGAGAUGUCCUUCUUUUUGAAACCGAUAACACAGGGGCAAAAUUAUAGAGAGUAUUUACAAAUACUAAAUAUGAUCAUGUGGCUAUCGCAAUUAAGAUGGCUAACAAAUAUCUCUUUGUAUUCGAUGCCAAUGCAGACACAGGAGUGACAUUUAUAGAAUGGUCAUAAUUCAUUGAAAUUAAUGACCUUUAUGAGAAACUGGCAAUAAGAAAACUGAUUGGUGUUGAUAGAAUAAAAAUAGAGAAAAAGUUGAUUGAAUUCCUACAACAAGUUCAUGGAAAGAAAUAUGAAGUAACUUUCAGUAAGCUCUUUAGAUAAAAGAGUUUAAGUCCCUCUAAAUCUAAUGAAAGUUUCUUUUGUUCAGAAUUAGUGGCUAAAGCAUUUAAGUAUUGUGGAUUGCUAGAAUCACAUAGAGCAAGUUGCUCAUUCCUACCUGUAGAAUUUACUAAAAAGCUUCAAUUAACUAAUCAAACAUAGAUUACUGAUGACAUUGUUGUGAUACUCAAAAAACAUUUAACUAAAUGA